AUGAUCACCACAGGCAACACAAUCGAAAAUAUAGCUGAAGGGGGAAGUCUGGUACAAAGAAUGCGAGAUUUGGAUGCACCAGAGGAAACACCUCAGGUAACAACUGUUAUAAAAAAAUUCGUUAUGGCAAGUGCUUUGAAAGAACAUGGAGAUGAGGAUAAAGAGUUGAGGGAGUUUGAGAGUUUCAAGCGGUUCCAGGCCAUGAAAAAGAGAUGCGAGGAACGUGAGGCUCAGAAGAAAAAUAAGGAAUGGGAUUACAUUUCCAUCCACACGGAUCAGUCAAGUGACUCUGGUGGUAGCCGAGGCAAAGGAAGGAAGGAGAAGAAGGAGGGGAGUGAGGAUCAGGGUAGAAAAGUUCCUCAGAAACAUCAGAAUACCGACGAACAUCACACGAUGACUGGAGGAUGGAACUUGCUAAACAUAAGUUGA